AGAAAGUGAAAAGCCAGCCAAGUACUGGUCAUAGGACUGUGCCACCAGUACUUACUGUCAGUAUUCUAUUGCCUCUAGUUCUGGUGGUGCUGAGUACUUCGCAAGAAUAAGAGGAGGAAAGAAGUCACUUUUCUCGCUGUCACAUUCCAACAGAUUGAGCAAGAGUAUUUUGAAAACCACAGAAAAGACAGUUCGUCAAACUCGUGAUGAUGAUCAGCCAUGUGAUUUUUUCAAGAAAAGGAGUAGGGUGAAUGAAUCUCAUCAGAGAAGCAGUUUUAUUUUUUACAGCAGUAUGAGUGCUGGCCCAUCCUGGAAUAAAGUACAACGUUCAAAAGAUUCUUCAGGAAAAAGACACAGUAAAUCCCAAGUACCUCACCUGUCUCCCCGGCUGAGCGGCAGCCUCACAGGAGUCUCUCAACCGGCUGGGGAUAAACUCAAAGGAGGCUUUCUUCUGGAAGACAAACCAGAAGGGAGUGCACCCAGCUCCAGGUGCCAGGGGGCGUUCGGGAACAAAUUAUUUCUCGACUUUCAGUCAAUGAAAAUUAUUAAGGAGGAUGCUGACGAGGAUACUGCCAGUGACCUGUCAGAUUCGGAAAGGAUCCCCAUCCCUCCUUCUCCCCUCACGCCUCCAGAUCUUAAUCUCCGGGCAGAAGAAAUCGAUCCAGUUUACUUCGAUCUCCACCAGAGUCAGAGCCAUGCAAAACCUGAACACUGCUAUCCUGAUUUCCUGCCGCCCCCGUUUAGCUCCUGGGAUCUCCGAGAGAUGGCUGUGCUUCUGAACACAGAGGGCAAGCCGGACGCCGUGCCCCGAGCCGGGGGGCUCCUUGGGAGGUACGUGGACAGGCUCAUCCAGCUUGAGUGGCUGCAGAUCCAGACGGUGCAGGGGGAGAAGGCAAAGGGGUCCAAGGCAAGACCUCUAGUUGCCCAGGGGGGUCCUGGGGCUCUGAAGAGUCCUGGGAGAAGUAAACUAAUUGCUAGUGCCCUGUCCAAGCCUCCGCCUCACCUGGAGGGUGCUUCAAAGUCAGGCCCUGUGAGAAAGAAAGAUUUUCACCGGGAAGACACGCAUCCAUCCUAUUAUGCCUUUGAGACCGCCCCACGACCCAUGGAUGUGCUGGGCAGCACCAGGCUACUUUCCCUCGAGCAGACUCCUGAAAUGAGGACCAGAGAGAAGAAAAAGAAAUCCAGUAAAAGCACCAAGCUGCAGCACAGGGAUUUGUCCUGCAGCGACAGCAGCCCCAAGCUGGAAGCCAGUGGGAACCUCCGAGCUCCCAAACAGCCAGCAACGGUUCUGGACUCGGUGGACCCCUAUAAGGCUUCCAGAACACAAGCACACGCUAAUCUUAAGAAAAAGGGAAUUGCAAACAACUGUGUUCAUGCACCCGUUUCCAGUGAGAGGAAACUCAAAACAAACGGAGCAAAGCAAAACACUUACAAAUUAAAAUAAUACCUGAUGAUGUAUUGCAAAGACCAGCAGAUACUUGAACACCGGAGCUCUUCCGGAAGUUACGAUACUGUGAAUUUUAAGACAUUUUGUAAUGAGUGACAUCGAAGGAGUUGUUUGGUUCUUCAGUCCACUCCCCAUCCCCCUGCCCCCAGUCAAGGUAUUUUUAGGGUCCAGAGUUCUCACCACGGCGAAGUGGUAGUUCCGUUCAAGGAGAGGUGUCUUUCGGUGGGCCUUUGUUUUGACAGUCUUAAGCAUUUGCGAGCCUGCAAGGUAAAGAUUAACCAAAGUUAUGUGCCAUAUAAAGGACUGAAACACCAUACUCUAGGGGACGAGCCCAGGAAACUUCCGGAAUGGUAGCCGGUCUAUGUAAAAUUGGUAGUCUACUUCCCCAUCUUCACUUGCACAGAACUAUGUAAAGCAGUGCAUGCUGUUUUCAGUUAUGUAAAAUCCUAGCAUUUGAAAUAAGGCCCUUCUGGCCACUGUGUCUUCUGCUUUUACAGGCAGAUUUCUGUUCAUUUCACUCCCAAGGAGAAGUCAGUUCUUCCCAGAGUUAGGAAGUACGUGCGUUUCUAUUUUGGGCAGUCGUUUAUCGCUGAGCUGCUUACUCAGUAGAAACAAUGGCAUGGAGAAUUUUAAUGCUCUCUCUCGCUCCCUCUUUCUCUCGGGUACUUUACAUCAAGAGGUGAUUGUGGAGUCCACUUGUGAGUUCUCUAAACUGAGGUUCAAAUGAUUUGUGUUAUGGAUGUCGCUGUUCGGCAGAACAAGGGUGAAAUAUGUGGCACCCUGAGAUUUCUGAGAUGUGGAGUUUUUCUGAAGAGGAACCGUAAGAAAAUCACCGCUUAGAAGUUGUGCGUGAAGGGUUCAGGAUAAACUGAAAACAGAGGGAAACUGGUCGAAUGUAAUACUUGGUGUGUUACGGCCUCGAGACCCUGAUCCUGUGGUCCUCACUCAGAAAACUGAUCUAUUUCAGUUUGAAAGAGCCGAGUAUUAUCUUGUGGGGCGCAAGGGCAGGAAAGGACACAUUUCUGGAUACUUCCAGAUGGAGGGAAGGGGAGCAGGGGUGAAUUUGCUGGAUGUGUUAUGAACUUCUUCUCUGUGGCAUCCUGGCUGCCUGCAGGCGCCUUCCUUGACUGCAGUUAAAUAACAUCCACUUCUUUCUGUAGCUAUGUUGUGAGCGCUGUUGAUAGUACCUUCGAAACCUUUGGUUGACUACUUUGUGAUAGUGUAUUUUCAUGACAUAGUUGACCUUUUUAAUCAGUUACUGUGGUUUUUCUGUUGAGACCCAUGUUUCUGUCUUUCCACCUUCCGUAUACGUGAACAGCUUGGCAUGUCGCAUCUGAAAGUAUAUUAUAAUGGCUUGCAAACUGUUAGGCACACUGCUUCAGGACUAGGAGCAUUUAUAAUGGAAACAGUGCACAAAGAUUAAAUAUGACGAUACCUUUUUAAGAUCAGAUUUUCAUCAUUAAACAAUAUAUGAAAUUUUUUAUGGUAGCUUUUUUUCUUUAGGACUUUAUCUUCAGGUCUUUACAGGUUUUCUCUUAAUAUUCCUUACCUCUCACACCAGCCUACUGGAGAAAGCAUGCUCUUGUAGAGGUCUUACACCUUUUAAUGUGAGCAGAAGAUGUAUCUAUAGUAGACACUGCUUCCACAGUCCUCAGAUGUACUCUACCCUUUGUUCUCAGUAUUUGCAGUGUAUUUGGAAAGCACAGCACCACUCUUCACUCUGUGUGGUUCACGCCUGGUUCCCCUACACCCCUAUCUACCCUCCUCCUUAUAGCACAGAUGUGUCUGUUACUGCGGCUGGCACUUCUCUUAGGAAUCUGCUAGAUUUUCAUGGAGCUCUAAAUGAAGUUUCAUGCGAGUAAAUACUUGUGAGCAUGGUAUUAUCCACAUGUGUGUCAGUAUGCACUAACAAUAUACUAGAGAUUUUAUGCAGACGGGCAGCGUCCAUGAGGGUUGGAAUGGGUGCGGGUGACACUUUCUUUUCCUUGCCUUACGCGCGUCUGAGCUGAAGACCAUUGUGGUUAAGAAAUUUAGAGACAAUGCCUUACACCCUUGUUCCUAGCUCUUUUAAUUGAAGCUGGUUGUUUAAUCUGGGGAAUAGUCCUAAUGUCACAUAUUCAGACCGUUGUAAAAGCCUGAAAAAGUGACUUUCCUUGUUUACUUUUUGCCUCAGGUUGGCCAUUUCUUUUAACCAGUUAAUAAUGGAAUGAAUCAGAGCUCCUAGUAGUGUUAAUUUUUUUUAAAGUUAGGUUAAUUACAGAACUAAGCACAAUUUUAAUUGUAUGAUCCCUGACAACACAUCCUAAGGAACCAAAUGCUGCAGAUAAGGAUCCUGCCGUUUUGAAGUAGGCUGUGUGGUAAGGUUGAAUCAUGAACUCAUUUAGUUCAUCAAGUCAAAACCACAGAGAGUCCUGCUGGUCUGGCGACAAGAGUUGUUAUAUUUAAUAAAAGUGCCUCUCAUUUCUGAGGAGUUGUUUACAUACACCUUGCAUUUAAACCAGUUAAAACAAUCUGAUAUAGUAAAACCUAAAAGAAACAAGACUGUUUCAGGCUUUGAUUCAGUUAAGGGAAAAAGUUGCAGAAAAGUACAAAAAUAGACUGUAAAAAUCAAUCUUUGUUUAAAUUUUGCCUAUUUUCCAAAUCUUUGAGUAACUAAUUGGGCUGAAGGUUUGUAACUGAUUUGAGGGUGGUAGAAUUGGUGGCCUAUGACAAAAUAGGUAGAUGACGUCAUUGGUCUUACUACAGCUAACUGCUAAAAGGAAGAUGGUGCUGGGUAUGGUGGCGCAUGCCUGUAAUCCUAGCACUUGGGAGGCUGAGGCAGAAGGAUUGCUGUGAAUUUGAU